AUGUCCUCCGCCAAGGAUCUCAGGAUAGAGAAGGACGGGGAGGUCGUCUCCUCCGCGCCCGCGGCGGAGGCGGGCACGAUGGGGUCGGCGUCCGUGGACCACGGCGUCGAGUCCAGCUCGGACGAGUCGCUCGACGACAGCUACCAGGUGUUCAAGGCGACCGAGGACCUUCAGGUCGACCCGGCCGAGGCGAAGCGCGUGGUGCGAAAAAUCGACUGGAGGGUGGUGCCUGUGCUGUUCAUCACAUAUAUGCUACAGUACCUCGACAAGAAUUCCCUGAACUUUGCCAGCGUAUAUGGUCUUAAGAAGGGGACAGACUUGCACGGGCAGGAUUACUCGUGGCUAGGAUCGAUAUUCUACUUUGGCUACCUCGUCGCGCAGUUCCCGUCGUCGUUCGCGCUCCAGGCCUUCCCUAUCGGCAAGUUCGUCAGCAUCAUUACCGUGCUAUGGGGAGCGAUCCUGAUGACGACGCCGGCGUGCACGUCUUUCGCCGGCAUCGCAACGAACCGGUUCCUGCUGGGGUUCUUCGAGGCGGCCAUCAACCCGGCCUUCGUGCUAAUCAUGAGCAUCUGGUACACGUCCGAGGAGCAGCCGCUGCGGCUUGAGGCGUACUACUGCACCAACGGCAUCGCGACCAUGUUCGGCGGCCUCAUCGGCUACGCGGUGGGUCAUAUCACGACGGGCAUCGCGCGCUGGAUGUAUGUCUUCAUCAUCUUCGGCUCGCUCAGCGUCUUCUGGGGCUUCGUCAGCCUGAUCGUGCUGCCGGACCUCCCGUCGAUGGCCAGGUUCCUCGACGAGCGCGAGAAGGCUAUUGCCGUCGACCGCGUCGCGCGCAACAGACAGGGUGUCAAGAACCGCCACUUCCGCAAGUACCAGGCCGUACAGUGCAUCGAGGACCCAAAGACGUGGAUCUUGUUUGUGCUUGCUGUCGCUGCGCAGGUGCCCAACGCCGCCAUCACCAGCUUUACCAGCAUCAUCAUCAACAGCUUCGGAUUCGACACCCUCGGCUCGCAGUACCUGCAGAUCCCCGGCGGUGCGGUCCAGUUCCUGGCGCUCAUCAUUGGCGGCUGGGUAUGCACCAAGUGGCCGCAGAGCCGGUGCAUCACCAUGAUCGUGGCCAACACCAUCUGUAUCAUCGGGGCGGCCUUGCUGGUCGGCCUGCCGGAUAACAACAAGUGGGGACGCCUGGUGGCACUCUGGCUGUGCUACUUCCAAGGGCUGGGAUUCAGCAUGUCUCUGACGAUGAUAUCGUCCAACAUCGCGGGCAGCACCAAGAAGCAGCUCACCGCCGCCAUAUUGUUCACCGGCUAUUGCGUUGGCAACAUCAUCGGGCCACAGACCUUUAUAGACAGUGAAGCUCCUGGAUACCACAGCGCGUAUAUCGCCAUGCUUGUCGGGUACACGAUCAAGCUGCUGGCCGUGGUGGUGCUGUACAUUUACAUGUGGCGGGUCAACAAGGCGAGAGACGCGGCAGGGCACACCGACGACCGGGCGGCGAUCGAGAGGGGAAUGCACGACGAGACUGAGCUGGACAAUCCCGGGUUCAGGUACUCGCUCUGA